AUGUAUCGGAAGUUGUCUAAGUUAGAACACUCGGAAAUAAAACAACUUCUUACAGAAGCUAAUAUAGAUGUUGCAAAGCAUUACGCAACAAACAAAAAAUCACUCGCUGACAUCCUCAAUGACUAUAAUGGUGCAAUAAGUUAUGAUAGAAUUCAUGAGUUCAUAAAGCCGCAACGCGGCGAGGACGAAGUCCAUGCAAGAGCAUUUCCUUUAAAUGACGUUGCUAUUGACUUAUAUCAUAGACGUUCAGUACCUCAUGAAGUAAGAAGAGAAAUGUUUGACAUAACAAAUGCAAACGUUGGUGAAACAAGAAGAAGAGACGACACACUGAAACAACAGAGAAGAGAGAUGUUUAAAAGCGCUAUAGAACAAGUUCGCAAAGCUAACGAUGUCAUUCGUUCCAUUGACGACAAACCAAAAGAAGGUGAGAGAUGGUUAAAGAAAGAUGAAGAGAAUAGGAAGAGAAAUGUGAAGUCAGGCAAUAGACUCAUUGACUUUAACAUCGAAGCUUUAGAUGAACCAAACAGAGACUACUUACACAAACAUUUCGGUAAGGUUUUCAUGAGACUCUUAGAGAAGAUUAAAAUAAACUCACAACAGAGAUGGAUGGUAUGUUAUAAACUUGGUGGAAAGUAUGAAUGUUCUACGUUAAACCUCAAUAAUAUUGGAACAUUACUACAUCAGCUCUUGAAGGAGAACUUUAUAUCAGAGAUAGAAGCAAAUGCUGCAGGUAUUGUUGAAAUGCACUAUGACUUCUUCUUGACAAACAUAAAGAAUCUUACUGAAAUAA